AUGGCUGCACCGACAAAAGAGAUAAAAGGUCUAGCGACGAUGAUGCAGCAGCUUCUCCAAGGCCAGCAAAUUCAAGGAAAAGCGUUGAACCAGGUCACCACAGAUAUCAACUCCAGAAUGAAUCACAUCUUCAAUGACCUGAGCACCAAAUAUGACAAUGUCGCUAGCCACAUGCGGCAGAUGGACAUUCAGAUUGCGCAGACAGCUGAGAGUGUCAAGAGGCAGCAAGGAACUCUCCCUGGAAAGAUAGAUAAGAAUCGUAAAGAAUGUAAUGCCGUUGCACUAAAAAGUGGAGGAACACUACCAGAUACGGACCCUAAGAAGCUAUCGGCGGCAGAGAAAGGAAAGGAAAAGGAGGGUGAGAAACCACAAUCCGAAGAUGUUCCUCUGUCUGACGAGGACACGGAACAGCCUGCUGAGACUGAUCCAACCCCUGCCACUACACAUGUCAAGCAUGUUCCUCUGCGUGAAUACACUCCUAAGGUUCCAUACCCUGUUCCCGCAAAGAAGUCUAGGAAUGAUCGUGAGGAGAUGAAGUGUAAGAAGAUGCUAGAGGUUCUAACCCUCAAGUUACCUCUGAUCGAUGCGAUCCAGAUGAUACCUUCUAUGCGCAGUUUUAUGAAGGGUUUGAUCUCAGGAAAGAUAAGUGGAUACAAUGAGAUUGAGAAAACAGUAUUCGCUUGUUCUCUUUGUGAUUUGGGUUCCAGUGUCAACCUCAUGCCUUACUCCGUGGCAAAACGACUGGGAUUCACAUACUUCAAACCUAUAAGAAUGUCCCUGGUGUUCGCGGCUAGAUCAGUCAAGUCACCGGUGGGUAUUCUGGAAGAUCUCCAUGUCCGAGUAGGCAACACCUUUGUUCCAGCAGAUUUUGUGGUUCUAGAGGCUGACGAAGAACCAAGAGAUCCACUCAUCAUGGGCCGUCCUUUCUUGUGCACGGAUGGUGCGAUUAUUGAUGUUCGACAAGGAAGGAUUGAUCUUCACCUGGGAGACAUUGCGAUGAAGUUCGAGAUGAACAAAUUGCUGAAGAAACCGAUGAUAGACGCGCAGACCUACACAGUUGAGGAUGGAGAUCAGGCACAGUUCCCUCAAGAGGGCAUGAUUGAGGAAAUCCUGACAGAUGACCCACUUGAACUAGCUCUGAUCCGAGCUGAGACUGAGAACAACGUCAUGAGCGUGGACGCGGAUGGCUACAAAAUGAUGCUUGACUCUGCCAAAUGCUUGACUCUGCCAAAAGCAUGGAAAAGCUAG